AUGAUAGGCUUCAGAGCGGGUCUUUCGACGCAAGACGCCAUGAAGCUGAUCAAGAAUCAGGUUAUCGAUCGCAACCCGAGAGACGCGAGAGCCAUACUUGGGUUGGACUUGGAGAAGGCCUUCGACAACAUCCUCCAUUCCUUUCUCUUGGGCACGAUCUCGAGCCUUGAAUUGGGCAAGCACUUUCACGACUACACGAGAUCUUUCCUGGCGGACAGAGAAGCCAUGCUCAAAGUGGGAGACCUUGCGUCAGACUUGGCUAGGCUCGGUUCUAGAGGGACGCCACAGGGGUCAGUCAUAUCCCCGACCCUCUUUAACCCUGCUAUGAUCGGUCUAUCGAGAAAACUCUCCGAGGUCUACGGCAUUAACACACUAUUUAUGCAGACGACGACACCAUAUGGUGCACCGGUGACAGCGACGGACGCUUAG